AUGGUCUCCGCAAAGAAGCAUGUUCCGAUUGUCAAGAAGCGAACGAAGCGCUUCGCCCGGCACCAGAGCGAUAGGUUCAUGUGUGUCCCGACAAACUGGCGUAAACCGAAAGGAAUCGACAAUCGAGUUCGGAGGAGAUUCAAGGGUCAAGCUGUUAUGCCAUCGAUUGGGUUCGGAUCGAACAAGAAGACUCGUCAUAUGAUGCCCUCUGGCCACAAAGCUUUCCUAGUCCACAACCCCAAAGAUGUCGACCUCCUCCUCAUGCACAACCGAACAUAUGCUGCAGAGAUUGCACACGCAGUAUCAUCACGAAAACGAGUAGAGAUUCUAGCGAAGGCGAAGUCACUGGGCGUGAAGGUCACGAAUGGCAGGGCUAGAGUUACAACAGAGUCAUAG